AUUACAGUUCUUGCCUUUUUACAGCAAACCCAUGCACUCUUCACAUAUAACCAGUGGUUCUCAAUCAUUCUGUAGGCAUCUUUUGAUUGCAUGUGGUUCUCACACAGAGAAGAGGUUGUAAAGUCUGUCAUGAGCUUCUGAUCUCAUCAUUCAGCUGCUGAUUUUUGGUUGGACUCAAGCCUGCAUUGUACUGAAUUAGAGCUGCUUCACACAUGAUGAUACGGCUGUGUGUAAGCUGGCUGCUUUUGCUGUUAGGAGCGCAGCUUGUUUUGGCUCAGCUGGAUGAUCGUGACAAUAGAAAAGGAAGAAACAAAAAUAAACAAAUCACCUCUAACGUCAUCCCAAAAAACAAUGAUGAGGACUGUCAUUUAGACCUGGCAUUUUUGGUGGACAGUUCAGAAAGCGCCAAAGACAGCCAUGUCCAAGAGAAGCGUUUCGUUACUGAUCUCAUUAACUGGAUCCAGAACGUCCGCCUCCAAACAGGACAGGUUUUGAGCUUCAGAGCUGCUGUUUUUCAGUACAGCAGUCAUGUGAUCAUUGAACAGUCUUUUAAAGAUUGGAAGGGCGUGCCCACCUUCCAGGACCACAUCGGGCCCAUGCCGUACAUAGGGCACGGUACCUACACCACCUAUGCCAUCACCAACCUCACACGCAUCUAUCUGGAGGAGUCCGACCGUGGCACUGUGAAGGUGGCCAUUUUGCUGUACGAUGGCAAGUCACAUCCCAAGAAUCCUGAUAUCGUCUCUGCUUUAGCUGAUGCCAAGAACCAAGGGAUUAAAUUCUUCACAGUGGGUUUCACAUCCGCUGCCAAUAUGGAACAGCUGCGCCUACUGGCCAGUCCUUCGACCGCCCGCUACGUACACAACCUACAGGACAAGGGAGUCUUGGACAAGAUCGGCAAAGAGAUUACUGAGGUGGCUAAUGAAGUGUGUCCACUUUCCCCAAAUUGCACUUGUGAGAAAGGAGAGCGAGGACCCAGUGGACCCGCUGGUAAAAAGGGUCGUCCGGGUGAAGAUGGAAGUCCGGGACCUAAAGGACAAAAGGGAGAGAGUGGAUUCAGUGGUCCUCCUGGACGAGACGGGACAGAGGGGAAACCUGGAUACAAAGGAGAAAAGGGUGAGAGAGGAGAAUGUGGGACACCAGGAGUCAAAGGAGACAGAGGUCCGGAGGGUCCUGUUGGUGUCAGAGGAAGCCGAGGACUGCAGGGUGUCCCAGGACCUAAUGGAGACAUUGGACCUGAAGGCCUACCGGGCAAGAAAGGUGAGAGAGGCUUUCCCGGACCGCCAGGAAUACAGGGCGAGACUGGCAUUGGGCUUCCUGGACCAAAGGGUGAUAUGGGGUUUCAGGGCAGAGUGGGUCCUCCCGGGCCUCCUGGGCUGGGUGAGCCAGGCGUACCGGGGCCACAGGGGCCGCAGGGUGUACCAGGAGAGAAGGGCCCUCCGGGAGAGGGUUUACCAGGAUCAAAGGGAGAGAGGGGUCUGGAGGGGCUGAAAGGACCUAGAGGACCAGCAGGUCCUGGCAUUAAAGGAGACAAGGGUGAUUUUGGUCCUCCUGGUCUUCCAGGACCAGUGGGGUUUCCUGGAGUAGGGAUCCAAGGAGAGAAGGGUGUGGAAGGGUCACGUGGACCCCCGGGAAGCAGAGGCCCACCGGGUGAGGGCUACGCUGGACCAAAGGGCGAUCAAGGUUUACCAGGUGAGAUCGGUGCACCAGGACAGAGAGGAGCAGGAGAACCAGGAGCUAAAGGGGAACCUGGUUCUCCGGGGUUAUCAGGAUUACCAGGUUUACCAGGAGAGGAUGGGGCUCCAGGACAGAAGGGAGAACCAGGAGCUCCUGGGUUGAGGGGCACUGAUGGAGCACCAGGAGUGGGCAUCCAGGGUGAAAAAGGUGAUCAGGGUCAGCGGGGAAUCCGUGGGUUAGCAGGGCCACCAGGAAUAGCUGGGCCCUCAGGGUCAAAGGGAGAGCCUGGCACCCCUGGGAGACUGGGAUUGCCUGGAUUACCAGGACGUGCUAUAACAGGACCAAAAGGUGAAGUAGGCCCGCCGGGUCCAUUUGGUCCAGUAGGAGAGACGGGAUAUGGACUUCCUGGACCAAAGGGUGAUCGUGGUGACCCAGGUCCUCCUGGUCUUAGUGGACCAAAAGGGGACGGUUAUCCUGGUCCCUCAGGUCUUCCUGGUCUUCCUGGUCCUCCAGGAGAACCUGGUCCAGAGGGCAUAGGAAUACCUGGACCAAAGGGUGAUAUUGGCUUCAGAGGUUUACCAGGCCCAUCUGGACCUCCAGGGGAAGGAGUACAAGGACUACCUGGCAACAUGGGAAGACCAGGACCUCCUGGACCGACUGGGCCACCAGGACAAGGCCUACAGGGUCCAAAGGGUGAUCAGGGCUCACAGGGUGUGAGCGGGCCAAGAGGAUCUCCUGGAGAGGGAAUGCCUGGGUCAAAGGGGGAUCGUGGAGCUCAGGGUGAGAGGGGGGUGAAAGGGGUUAAAGGUGAUAUGGGAGAUCCUGGCAUUCCUGGACAAGCAGGGAGACCAGGAAUCAAAGGUGAAUCUGGACUAACGAGGGAAGACAUAAUCAGAAUGAUCAGGGAGAUUUGUGGCUGUGGAGUCAGGUGUGAAGACACUCCUAUGGAGCUGGUGUUUGUGAUCGACAGCUCUGAAAGCGUCGGGCCUGAAAACUUUAAGAUCAUCAAGGACUUUGUGAUCGCAUUAGUCGACAGACUCACCGUUGGGCUGGAUGCCACCCGAGUCGGUCUCGUUUUGUACAGCCUAGAGGCCCAGCUUGAGUUCAGCCUCGCUCGCUACAUGACCAAAGAAGACGUCAAACAAGCGAUAAGCAGGGUUCAUUACAUCGGCGAGGGCACGUACACCGGCUCUGCCAUCCGCAAAGCAACUCAGGAAGCAUUUUACAGCACAAGGACUGGGGUGAAAAAGGUUGCCAUUGUCAUCACAGAUGGGCAAACGGAUAAACGGGAGCCUGUGAAGCUGGAAAUCGCUGUCAGGGAGGCACAUGCAGCCAACAUUGAGAUGUACGCUCUGGGGAUUAGUGAUCCGACACAUAAAGAGUUUCUGCAGGAGCUCAAUCUCAUUGCGUCGGACCCUGACAGUGAGCACAUGUUCCGCAUAGACGACUUCAACACCUUGCCAGCUCUGGAGUCCAAACUGGUCAAUCACCUCUGUAAGGAUGAGACCGGAUCACUUAUCUUCAAUCGCAUUAUUGGCUUUAAAAAUGAAUAUGGUAAUAAUGGCAACCACAUCAGUGGUAACAGCGGGUAUAGUUAUGGCACCAACGUAAAUGAAGGCCACAGAGAGAACACAGGAACACACUCUAGGACGAACACUGUCCUUCAUGAGAGCGGGAGAGAAGACACGUUUGCUCCAACAGCUGGUCCAGACGUUAAUGAGGGGGUUGAGCGUGAGACUGAGCCUGAGACACCAGACACAAACACUUCAGAGCAGAGCAGCAGUAGAGGAAAUACUCCAACAGUCACUGGGACAUCCACACAUCAUAGACCUUCAUCAGGGACAGCAUCUUCAUCAUCAUCAACAACAUCAUCUUCAACAUCAACAACUGUGAACCCGUCAACCUCGGUGCAGUAUAUACCAGCACCACGACCACCAUUACCUAAAGAGGUUGUAUCUGUGGACCCGCGUUGUGAGCUGCUCCUGGAUCAGGGCCCGUGUCGGGACUAUAACAUCCGCUGGUACUAUGACCGGCAGGCCAACGCCUGCGCUCAGUUCUGGUACGGAGGCUGUGAUGGGAACCGUAAUCGCUUUGACACAGAAGAAGAGUGCAAAAAGACAUGUGUUGUCGUGAGAGCAGGAGGCUGAUAUCCAUCGGAUGCAUUUUCCUUUGUCUGUAGUGCCACACUUUCUAAUGCACUGAAAUACACAAAGUAUAUGAAUAAUUGGUAGGAGAGGACAUUUCAUUUAGAGUAGCUCAUUGAUAAAGCACAGUACUUUCAAAUCACAACCUGCAGAACUGUGAAUAAGCAAUACUGGAAUAUUCCAACACUGUCAUAAUUCACUGAAUUGGUGUUAAUGUAAUAAAUAAAAUGUAGUCUUGAUUUUGAGAACUAAUGUACUCUGUGUCAAAGCUUGUCAUUUUGUAUCUUGUACUUUUUGUAAUAAAAUAUUUUGUGACUGGCGGUCACAUUGUAAACAAAUCCAGAUUUUCUGCAAUUUAUGUUUAGCUCAAGAAGGAUUUGUGCUGGUUAAAAUGGAUUUCUAAUGAGGUAACAUGGCAGAUGUUUUCUAGUGGCUUAGAGGUUACACACUGCCCGCUCUUGGAGAGAAAUGAAGGUGCAGUAUUUUGAUAUUGCGAUGUCUGAGAAAGCAAUCCGUUAGCAUUCCCGUUCAUCUCAGUGGCAGUCCUGGAAGUGCAUGACCUGCGUCGUGCCAGUUUUUUGUUCAUGUGACCAAUCACUUGUUUACUAAAGUAAAAGGUCAAGUUUUGGCAUGUUAGCACGAACCAGUUAGCUACUGCUGCUGGUGCCGUAACUACACCAUUCAGUUUUUUAAUUAUUGCAUGAAAUAACUGGAUUUGUUGAAAUAUAUAAG